AACACAACAUUGAGUAUAUGUUUUUUUUAUGUAAAAAUGUGUAUGUACUAUGCCUCAUAUUCAUAUAUGACUCUUCUUCUCCUAUUGUGUUCUGUAGAAUGGAAAUUUCACCUCCCUAUUUGAAAAUAUUGACUUCAUCUCUGCUUUGUGCUAUGAAUAUGAUCAAUCUCGUUUUUAACAAUCGAUCAUGACAAGAGUUUGUUACGUAUCCAGAAUGCGCAAUUGUUUUUUUUUAAUGAACGACUUCCUCGUAAUAAACCAAGUACUCCAUCGAGACGAACUUGUUAAACCAUUGAUGACUACAUUGGAAAGUGGUACAGAUGACAAUAAUAUCAUUGUUUUUUUUUUAACACAAAGUUGUCCACUUCAAAUUGUUUUCUUGCUGAGGAAACAGAGGCAAGAUCGUUUGUAUCCAAGUUGUCUGCAGCAGGAGAUGAGCUAAGGUUUGUGACCGGUGUCUCAAUUGAUUGAAAAACUACUCCUCCGAUAAUCCGAUUACCUGUCUUUUUGUACCUACAUCUGCCAAUGUACGUACGAGAAAAAUACGAUUCGUAUACGCCAACAGUUAUGGGCUCGAAUCAGCCCAAUUGUCUGGGUGGGUUGUUAUGCCAACGGAUGCAAGAUGGCGGCCCAUACCCUGUAUUUGGCACAUUCAGGCCUACCGUUAACUUGCGUCUCUAGCGGUAGGUCAACGGAUAGUUCUGAAAUGUCUUCAUUAUUAGAGUGCGAUUUUAUGAGUUUGGUUCGGUUAGGACGGUUGCAAGUUGCAACCCUACCUACCUAUAUUAGUAUAGAUCCAACAUAACAGUAACUAGUGAUGGCAAUGGGGAGGGUAACUCGAUACUCAUAUUCGUUUCGUACCGAGCGCGAGUCAGGUAGACUCAUUCUUAUGUAUUAUUUAAAAAAAAAACGUAUAUUUUUGUAGUGAUAGCACAAAAGAAUCUUUAGUUCAUAAAUGAAAGUGAGAGAUAUCAGGUAGCCUAAUUAGGUCCAAUUAGUUGUAAGAUCAAUUUUGCACAUCUAAAGUAUAAUUGGAUGAAAAUUUAAGUUAAAGAUAGUCAAAAAAUGGAAUAAAUAUUGAGUCAAAUCGAGGUAAGACGGGGGAGGAGUAGGCAGAAAGUAGUACCCAUAUCCACACACACUAGUACAAAUCGAAUACUAGAUGUCACAUCGCGAAUCAAGAUAGAUAAUACUCAACGGUGCGAGUUAAAUUGUCAUCACUAACACAAAGAAAUCGCGCGCAACUCGGUGUAGUAAAAAUUCGUACAUGCAAGUGAGCUUCAAAUCAAUUAAUCUAUAAUCUCAGUGGCCCAUAAUCGAACUAAUUCAUGAUCCGACAGCCCAUAUCCCAAUUGAAUCCGCAAGCUCAUCAGGCCCAAACCUGGAAAAAUAUUAACAAAAAAAAAGAAAUUGGCUUGCCCAAUAAGUAAGACGGGUCACUUAAAAAGUCGAAAGCUUGACCUGAAUCAGCGAAAGUUUAAUCUAAUCGAGUACCGGGAAGAAAGUGAAGAACAACGAGCGAAUCGCUGAUAAUGGAAGAAGCACCGAAGACGUUGGCUCACCAAAUCGGAGGGAUCCAGAACGACGCCCUUCGCUUCGGCCUCCAUGGCGUUAAGAGCGACCUCGUCGGAUCUCAUCCUCUCGAUGUUGCCCACCGAUCGACAAUUAAGAAUCAAGAAGACAUGAAGAGAAAGGUCCUUGCAAACACUUACGGAUCUGCCUUUCCUUUGAAGAUGGACCUGGAUAGGCAAAUUCUUACUCGAUUUCAGAGGCCACCUGGACCUAUUCCUUCUUCAAUGCUUGGUUUGGAAGCCAUGAAUGGAAGCUUGGAUGACUUUGGUUUUGAGGAUUAUCUGAAUGAUCCUCGCGAGUCUGAAGUUUAUCGCCCUCAGGACAUGCACCAUGGAAUGGAGGUUCGCCUGGGGAUUUCUAAAGGACCAGUCUGCCCGAGUUUCGUGUAAUUUCAAGCUGUGUUUGACCUUUUGUUAGGCAGUACUGGGAAUGGGGCACGCAAUCGUCGUCGAACAAACAUGAUGAUUCAACCUUUCCUGUACUGUUGGGAUCUGAAUGUUUUAAUAGACCUGGGAGAUGUACAACACUCUUUGCUAGCGUUUAUCAGACUAUUGCAUCAUCAUCUGAAUUCUAAAUGUGGGUUGGUUUAUAUGGCAUGUCUCAUAGAUCCUUUUACGAAUUUGCUUGGCUUGAUUCACGUCGAUCUCGAUUGCUUGCAUUCGCGACCUGAGUGCUGGAUGCAGCAGCUACUACCAGGCGAUCUUGACAUCGAAAGAUAUUGUCUAUGCUCGAUCAAUGCGCAUAGAGACAAGGCGUCUGCAAAUAGUUUUGUUCGUUAUAUAUGAUACUGGAUAUGAUGCAUAUUGCAUAAUCGUUCUUUCAUAGUCGAGAACGUUGCGUAGUGGUGUUCAAACGGUUUGGUUACCGUGGUAACCGUUUUAACCGGUACUAUUUGGAUAAUUGGUUUGGUUUGGUUAAAGUUUUUAGCUUGUUUGGUUUAGGUGUUUGGUUUGGUUUCAGACACUUCUAACCAGUCAAACCAAAUUAAUCAGUUAAGUAAUU